AUGGGGGGAAACAGCUGGGAGAGAAGGGUGGAGGCGCAGGGGGAAGCGAUGUAUGGCGGGCCGGGAGAGGAGGAGGACGAGGAUGGGGUGCUGGAGGCGUACGCUGUGGAUGAUUUGGAGGAGCUGGAUGCGGUGGAGGGUGGUGAUGGUGGUGCAUGGAUGGUGGAGAGCGGUCAGCUGGGAGCCGGUCGCCCCGACUGCGCCUCACCUCUCAGAAGCACCGCCCCUGGGGUCUCAGGCAGUGCCUCUCCUGCUGCUGGGUAUGGGGGCGGCGGGGCGUACGGGCAGCAGGGGCAGCAGGGACAGUACGGGCAGCAGGGGCAGCAGGGGCAGUAUGGGCAGCAUGGGCAUUCCAGCAGCAGCGGUAGCCUGGGGCAUGUGUCUCCUACACUUGCUCGUCUCUCGCCUGGCUCGGGCCAUGCCUCUCCCUCCAGGGGUCGUGCCAGUCCGGGCCAUGCAUCCCCUGGGCGGGGCUAUGCUGCUCUCGGCCCUCCAGAUCGUGAGCCUCGCGACGGUGCACUGACUGGCUUGCCUGCUGCUGCUAUCGGUGCUGCCGAUGCUGCUGGGUCUGCCGGUGCUGCUGCCGGUGCUGCCGGUGCUGCUGCUGCCGGUGCUGCUAGUGCUCGCUCGCCUGCUGCUGCUGGUCGUGGGGCGUAUGGAAGAAGCCAAGGGGUUGAGAACGGUGGAGGGGGGCGGAUGUCCGCGCAGGCAGGCGCGGAGCAGCAGAGCGGGGAAGAGCAUUCUGCAGGAAGGGCGGACGGGCGGGUGGGGGGAGCGGAACCGGCAAGGGCAAGCCUGAGCGGAGGAGGGGCGCGGGAGGCGGAGGAGGGGAAGCAGGAGGGCGGAGAGGGACGUGUGGGGAGCGGGCGGAGAGGGGAGGACGAUCUGGUUGCAGCUGCUGCUCUUGUUAGCGGAGCAGCGGGUGCUGGCGACGACAGGGAGAAUGAGGCGGGGACAGGGGGAGCAGGAGUAGCAGGAGGAGGAGAAGGAGCGGCAGUAGGGGAUUCAAGCGUGCUACCCUCUGUCGGUGCCGGUUCCGAUGCUGGUUCUGAUGCCAGUGCUGGUGCAGGGGCUGCAGCAGCAGGGGCCGCGUCAGGUGCUAGUGCAGAGGCGGGUGGUAGGAGAGGUGCGGGCGGGAAUGGAAGAGGAGGAGGAAGAGGAGGAGGAGGAGGAGGAGGAGGAGGAGGAGGAGGAGGGGGUGUGUCAGAGAUAGCGCUGGCACGGAACCUGAGCCUGCAGGUGAAGAAGGCAGAGCAGCAAAUCUCCCUGGACAGGAAUCUAUCUCUGCGCAACAUCAAGAAGCAGGGCAAGGACCUGGUGCCAAAACUGACCACUCUGCUCAAGAAGUCAGCCAGCUCAGCAGGCGCGGGAAUAAGCUAUGCGGGCGCGGCAGGGCUGAGUGCAGCAGGGGCGGGCAUCAGCGCAGCGGGGGCAGGCAUCAGUGCGACGGUGGGAAAAAGACCGCCCAAACCUGGAAGAUCCGCGACUGAGAAGGAGCGGUCCAUGCCGUCGCUCUCCAUGCCCUCCAUGCCAAGAUCGCUCACCCUCUCGAGGCACAAGGACGGGCCAGAGCGGCCAGAGAAAACUUUUGGGGACCUGCCCGCGCCCAAGCGCACUCAUUUCCAAUACUCUGAGCUCCAGCUGGCGACGGGCAAUUUCGACGAGGCCAAUGUGCUGGGCCAGGGCGGCUUUGGGAAGGUCUACUACGGGGUGCUGCCCGUGCAGCCAGCGCAGGUGGUGGCGGUGAAGGUGCUGACGAGGGGCGGGUCGCAGGGCGACGAGGAGUUCACGAUUGAGCUGGAGCUGCUCAGCCGCCUGGAGCACAAACACCUGGUGAAGCUGUUUGGGUUCUGCAUGCGCUCGCAGCAGCGUCUGCUCGUCUACCAGUUCCUGCCCAACGGCUCUCUCACGGAUCACAUGCACGGCAAGAAGAGGGAGGAGAACGGGCCGCUAUCGUGGGAGCGGCGGCUGCGGAUAGCCGUGGGGUCAGCGAGGGGCCUGCAGUACCUGCACUCGCAGCGCCCCCAGAUCCUCCACCGUGACAUCAAGUCGUCCAACAUCCUUCUCACUGAUAACUUCGCUGCCAAGGUUGCGGAUUUCGGGUGUGCGAAGCUGAUCAAGCAGACGAUCAGGGUGGAGGACCCGCAGACGGGCGAGAUGGUGGAGCGGUUGGGGGAGAGCGUGGACGUGGCCAUGGGGACCCAUGGCCACAUGGCGCCUGAGAUCCUCAUGACUGGGGAGAUCAGCUCCGCUACCGACGUGUACAGCUUCGGAGUGGUGCUCUUUGAGCUCGUCACGGGCCAGCUCCCUGUCCUGGCGGAUGGCACACAGCUCGUGCACUGGGUCACUCCGCUGUGUGAGCAGAAGCGGUGGGAUGAGCUCAUCGACCCGGACGGGAAACUACAGUCGAUCGUGGUCUCCCAUUUCGCUCCGGAGCUCACUCUAGCGGGAGCAGCUUGGUCCAUCACGAGCCGCCAUGAGCGGCGUGUUGGAGCUUACUGCGAAUUAAUGAAGUCUUCCCUCGAUCCCCGCCUCCCGUAUUUCCUCCAUUCCUUUAUUCCCGCGCCUUUCUCCGUCAUCCCCCUAUUCCCGUCUCCCCUUCCCCUGCUACCGUACUCCGCCAGUGUGGUGGGAGCGUCGGGUCUGAAAGACAAGGAGCUCUUCACGAAGCAGGACCCGUACGUCGUGGUGGAGUACGGUUCUCAACGGUUCCGCACCAAGACAGAUAAAGAUGGCGGUACCACCCCUGCAUUCAACUCCACAUUCCACCUGCUGCUGUUCCCAGGAGUGGAAUGUUCAACCUUCACCUCAACCCUUCUCCCUUUUCCCCCAUCCCGCCCACGCCCCCCACAGAUGGCGGCACCACCCCUGCAUUCAACUCCACAUUCCACCUGCUGCUGUUCCCAGGAGUGGAAUGUUCAACCUUCACCUCAACCCUUCUCCCUUUUCCCCCAUCCCGCCCACGCCCCCCACCGAUGGCGGCACCACCCCUGCAUUCAACUCCACAUUCCACCUGCUGCUGUUCCCAGGAGUGGAAUGUUCAACCUUCACCUCAACCCUUCUCCCUUUUCCCCCAUCCCGCCCACGCCCCCCACAGAUGGGGGCACCACCCCUGCAUUCAACUCCACCUUCCACCUGCAGCUGCUCCCAGGUGUGGAGGAGUUCUCUGCGGUGCUGUGGAAUGACAACCUGGGGCGCGACGACGUGAUUGGCAGCUGCCGGGUGAAUUUCCGCCAGGCGUUCUCCAUGGGCGUGUGGGACAUGUGGCACCCCGUGUUCACCAAGAGCCAGAAGCAACGUGGCAGCCUUCAUUUGAUUAUCAAGGCUCCUGGGGCCAGGGCACCCGGAGGGUACCCCCCAUCAUCAUAUCCACCUGCACCGUACCCCACCGCACAAUACCCCCCAGCAUACCCCCCCGCAGGGUCACCCUACCCGCCCCCAUCCGGCCCACCAAACCCAUACCCACCCGCCUCAGGCUACCCCGCCCCUCCCCCAUCCGCCUACCCUCCCCCAUCCUCCUCCUCCGCGCCUCCCCCAUCCGCCUACCCUCCCCCAGCCGCAUCCCCCUACCCUCCCACCGGCUACCCUGCCCCUUACCCCCAGAGCGCCCAUGCCCCUUACCCUGCUGCCCACACCGCCCCUCCUGCCUACUCCAAGCCUCCUAGCGCGUCCUCUUCAAUGAACGCUGUGCUGGGAGCAGUGGGGGCGUUGGCACCACCAUUAUAA